GGGGAGGAAGGGGGUGGAUACGAUACAGUGAAAUUCGGGUUGUCAUAUUUGUGCAUAAAAUUGGCGAAUAUUGACAAGUGCUGAAAAUGAUAGCUUGUUGAACCCAACUCAAAUUUGAAGGAAAAGAGCAAUUGCUUGUCGGAAAACAAGAUGGCGUUUUUAGAGUGGCGGAGGUUCAACUUCUUUGAGCUUAACCGAAACGUUGAUUCAGGAAAAGUUAGAGAAUGUUUGGCUGACAGGAAAGUUGUGGCUUCAAGCAGUGGAAAUGGACGUUUAGUCUUUGCAGAUUCGGAAGGAAAUAUUCAUUUGGUUAAUAGAGCAUUUGGUAUCACAACAUUGAAUGCAUUUGCCUUGAAAGUUAGUCUUGUGCAAAUGAUGGAGCAGUCUCCCCUUCUCGUAGCUAUUGGAGAAGAUGAGCCUGGUGUCAACCCUCUUAUUAAAGUGUGGAAUUUGGAGAAGUUAGAUAAGCAAGAUCUACCUAUGUGUGUGAGGAUUUCACGAACUAUCCCCAACACUCGACCUACACCAGUUUCAGUAUUAAGUGUCCAUGAAAAUCUUAAUCUUAUGGCAGUUGGGUUCACGGAUGGUUCAAUUCUCCUGUAUCGAGGUGAUAUUGCAAGAGAUCGUUUAUCUAAACAAAAACUCCUUCGGGAUGGAGGCAUGCAACCAGUAACAGGAAUGGCGUUUAGAUCUACAGCAAAGCAAACGUUUCUUUUUGUUGCCACAACCUCAAGUAUCUUUUCAUACAAUGUUACGCUUAAAGACAAGGAGGAGAAGAUUGACUUGGAUAAAGAGGGAUGUGAGAAGUACUGUUCCACCUCUACAGAAUCUACUCAUGAUGGCCAAUUUAUGAUAGGCCGUGAAGACGCUGUUUACUGCUACACACCAGAUGGAAGAGGGCCGUGCUAUGCAAUCAAGGGACAAAAAGUUAUGCUUGAGUGGUACCGUAAUUAUCUAGUCAUUGUGACUAAAGAAAGUAAUUCAGUUUUAAGAUCAAGCACAGUUUCUGCUACUACUCCGGAUUCCCCAGGAAGUUCUUUAGUCAGCCCUUUCAGUGUGGACACCCACAUGGUGACUGUGCUGGAUAUACAAAACAAGUUCAUUGUGCUUCAAACACCUAUCCCAGAAGUAAUUUCUGUGCUGUCUGAGUCUGGGUCGCUUUAUGUUCUUAGUGGACAACUACAACCAUGUCUAUUUCAUCUCCAAGAGAAAGAUUUGCAGUCAAAGCUGACUUUAUUGUUCAAGAAAAAUUUGUAUGAUGUUGCUAUAAGGAUUGCCAAGAGUCAUCAAUAUGACGCAGAUGGCCUGACAGAUAUUUUCCGGCAGUAUGGUGAUCAUCUCUACACCAACAAAGGAGAUCAUGCAGGAGCCAUUGAACAAUACAUAAAAACUAUAGGAAGACUAGAACCGUCUUAUGUCAUAAGAAAGUUUUUGGACUCCCAACACAUUGAGAACCUGACCACUUACCUACAAGAAUUGCACAAACAAGGCCAUGCCACUGAAGAUCAUACUACAUUAUUACUCAAUUGCUACACCAAACUUGACAAGACUGACAAACUGAAAGAAUUUAUAAUGACCAAAGAUCGAGAAGUGGAUUUUGAUGUGGAAAUAGCAAUCAAAGUUUGCCGUCAGGCGUCAACUGAAGAUGCACUUCUUCUUGCUCAAAAGCAUGGUAUGCACGAUUGGUAUCUUAAAAUUCAAAUUGAAGACAGAGCUGAUUUCAAGCAAGCCCUUGACUACAUUGGGAAGCUAGAAUUUAGUGAGGCUGAAACGAAUAUGAAGAAGUAUGGAUGUAGAAUUCUCCAGAGCUGCCCUGCAGAAGCCACACAAUUGCUAAAGAGACUUUGUACUGACUACAGGCCAAGCAACAAACCUCUUGUUGACAGUAACAUGCUUCAGGGAAUUUCGAGCCCAUUUGUUGACCGUGCAAAUCCAGCCGAUUUCAUCCACCUGUUUACUGAAUGUCCUCAGCAUUUAGAAGAGUUUUUAGAAUACUUAUUGCAGGAACAUAAAGGUUGGAAUCCUUUAUUAUACAACACUCUGUUAGAGCAUUAUCUCAAUGCUUGGGGUACCCUUAAUGCUGCUGGAACUGUAGAAACGUCACGCCGUUUGAAAUAUGAGCAAAAUGUUAUGCGUCUCUUAAAAAAUGAUGAUGCUCGCUAUGACAAAGAUCAAGUAUUAAUUCUCUGCCAAGCGAACAACUUCAAACCUGGUGUUCUUCAUCUACUGGAAGAGAGCCAUCUAUAUCAACAAAUACUGCAAUAUCACAUGAUGCAGCGUGAUUACAAGGAGGUGUUGACUACAUGUCAAAGAUUUGGUCAACAGGAUCCAAACUUAUGGGUUCAGGCUCUCUGGUAUUGUUCUCGAGAUUCCCAUACUCCACCUCAAUUAUUAGAAGAAAUACUUAAAGUCAUAGAAACACAAAAAUCACUGCCUCCUUUGCUUGUUCUGGAUGCUCUGUGUACCUCAUCUGAAGUAACCCUGGCUAAUGUGCGAAGCUAUCUUUUGAACGUUUUGGCAGCAGAAGAUAAGCUUGCAAAACGAGAACGGGAACUGGUUCAGAAGUACCGAGACGAAAGUGAACGCAUUCGACAACAAAUACAUAAUAUUCAGACAAAAUCUGUCAUUUUUCAAGUUUCAAGAUGCAGUGCAUGCAAUCAACCACUGGAACUACCAUCAAUUCAUUUUCUAUGCCUCCACUCGUAUCACCAGCAUUGUUUUCAGAGUUUUUCUGAGAAUGAGAGAGAGUGUCCAUCAUGUCUUCCUAAUAACAAAAAAAUUCGUGAUCUCAUCAAAGCUCGUGAGCAAAAUCGAGAUCUUCAUGAUACUUUCCAUGACCAGUUAGAUAAAGCAGAGGAUGGCUUUUCUCUUGUGGCUGAUUAUUUUGGCAGAGGAGUUUUCAACAAGUUGACUGUUGUAACAGAUGCACCCAUCCAAGCGCCAUUAAGAUCAGCUCAAGGGGACGCAAUUAUUCCAUCCACUUAUGGAGCUGGAGCUGAAGCUCGUCUGAGACUAGCAGAGCAGCCUUCCUCUUUUACUGGUGCUGUUUCCUCUGGGAGGCCAUCUCAGUCAAUGUUGUCUUCAUCAGCUCCACGAGCUGCACAUUUGAGUCCAUCUCGAAUCCAGGCAGAUUUUGCUGCCAUGGCUUUAGGUGUGCAGGAUACCAAAGCCAACCCAAAUGUGAGCAUUCCGAAAUCUUUUGAGACAGCUGGGGCCAGUGGCGGACUGAGAGGCAAGAGUCCUGAGACAAAAAUGAUUUCCUCCCCUGCAAAGUCAUCCCAAAGUCAAGUGAAAAAGACUGCUGCCCCAGCAAAUCCAUUUGAUGAAGACGAUGAUAGCGACAGCAAUAAUCCCUUUGCGAGUGAUCUCAAAGAAGAAGCAGGAAAAACAACUAAUCCGUUUGAUGAACCAGAUGAUUAUGACAAGGAGAAAAACCCAUUUGGUUGCUCUUAGUUAGCAACAAUACUAUUGCUGAAAAGAUAUGUAAUGAGGUGCUACAAAUUGCUUGUACAUCAAGUUUUGUGAUGUUUUUGUAUAGAUAAAUUUUUUAAGAGCUUGUAUGUGUAUAGUCAGUCGUACAUUAAACUAUCUAUCAAUUAUGUGAUCUUAAAAUUG